AUGAGAUUAUGGAAUAGGGUGGCUGUUAUGAGGCAUAUCUGGGAUCUUGUGGGCAUGAAAGAAUCCCUUUGGGCCACUUGGAUUAUAGAAAACAAACUCAAGAAGCUUAGUUUCUGGGGCAUAACUAAGCCUUUAGUAGCUAGUUGGAAUUGGCAAAAUUUGAUUAAGCUUAGACAGUACAUCAAAAGCUGUUUUAAGUAUGAUCUUGGUAAAGGUGAUUGCUCCUUCUGGUUUGACCCUUGGUGUAAUGGCAAAGCUAUAGUGGAUUUGUAUCCUAGUGUGUCUUUUAAUAAUGCAGAUGUUUCUAAAUUUGCAAAGGUUAAAGACUUAUGGUGCAGAGGCAGUUGGAGAUUUCCAGGGCCUAUGGAUGAGCAUGUAGACAAUAUGUGGAGUUUCAUUAAAGAUAAUUUCACCAUUGAUGAGAGCAGUGAAGAUAAAGUUAGCUGGAGUGUUAGCCCUUCUGGUAUCUUUUCUAUUAAUUCUGCCUGGAAUCAUUUUAGAGAGGAGAAGCCUAGAGUGUCCUGGUGGAAAGUGGUUUGGGGCCCUGGAAACAUUCCUAAACAAAGCUUCAUAGCUUGGUUAGCUCUUAAGAACAGAUUGAGAACUAAGGAUAAACUCAUGAAAUGGGGGUGUAUUGAUAAUGAUAUAUGUGUGUUCUGCAAUAGAGGGCCUGAAUCAAUUAAUCAUUUGUUCUUUAGAUGCAACAUUACCAGUGGUAUCUUCAAGUCAGUCAUGUUGGCUUGUAAUAUCAACAGGGAGAUUGUUAACUGGAGAAGAGAAUGGUCUUGGUACAGUAGAAGAAUAAGGGGUAAGAGCCUUUUAGCCAAAGUGAGAAGAUUGGCUUUCGUCUGUACCAUCUAUCAGAUUUGGAGAGGUAGGAACAAACUAGUGUUUGACAGAAUUCCUGUAGAUGCUGGAGCCAUUAAAGGUUUGAUUAAAAGAGAUAUUCUGAUGAAGAUGUUUGCAAAAAGAAGCAGGUCUAUUGUUUUUCAAAAUUUAUACCAUAACUGGUAUAACAUGUAA